UGCAUGAUGCUGCUGCCCUGCUGUCCUGUGCGCUUCAAACCCGUGUGGAGCUUCUGGAGUGGACACAACUGGUGUCAUCACUCAUCCACAGCAGCAGCCACCAGUUGGGUUUGAGCAUCAGGUGCACGUGUCACUCAUUCUCCAGUCCACUUUCAGCAGAUUGGAAGAAAUCUGUGCAUACGGACCUGAUCCAUUAUGAGCCAAGGAUCCGCGCCCUGACGCGCUCUGGUGCGUGCACGCUGGACCGCUGAGAGUGUGGACUAGUAUGAAGCGUCAUGGCUUGGUGUGACCGCGGGGUUCAAACGCUGCUGGCCACCGUGGGGGCUUUCGCUGCCUUCAGUCUGAUGACCAUCGCCAUCGGAACGGACUACUGGCUCUAUUCGCGGGCGUACAUCUGCAACGCAACCAACGCCACCUCGGAUGACACCCAGUCUCAGCCCAGAACCAAGAGAGGCGAUCUCACCCACUCCGGGCUGUGGAGAAUCUGCUGUAUUGAGGGUAUCAACCAAGGCAGCUGUUACAGAAUCAACCAUUUCCCUGACGACAACGACUACGACACGGACAGCUCUGAAUACCUGCUGCGUAUAGUGCGUGCCUCCAGUGUGUUCCCCAUCCUCAGCACCGGCCUGCUGAUGCUGGGGGGGCUGUGUGUCGCCCUGGGGAGGGUCUACAACAAGACAAACAACUUCCUCCUCAGCGCAGGCAUUCUCUUCGUCGCUGCAGGUCUGAGCAACAUCAUCGGAAUCAUCGUCUACAUCUCCAGCAAUGCAGGAGACCCCAGUGACAAACGUGAUGACGACAAGAAGUACACCUACUCCUACGGUUGGUCCUUCUACUUCGGCGCCCUCUCCUUCAUUGUGGCCGAGGCCGUGGCCGUCCUCGCCAUCAACAUCUACAUCGAGAGGAACAAGGAGGUCCGCUGGAAGGCGAGGCGCGAGUUAAUCCGCUCGCUCUCGUCCUCCUCCCCUUACUCCAGGAUACCGAGCUUCCGCUACCGCCGGCGGACGUCGCGCGCCAGCUCCCACUCGACGGAGGGGUCGCGGGAGAACUCCCCAGUGGCCGGGCUGAAGGGGAUGGCGUCCUCCAGUGGUGCCAUGGACGAGCUCUCCAUGUACGCCCUGGCGAGGGACAGCGUGACGGACAACACGUACAGCCCUGAGCACGAGGCUGCUGCCGAGUUCCUCCAGGUCCAUAACUGUUUUCCCAACGAUUUAAAAGACGGGGUGAAUCGCAGGACCACACCCGUGUGAUGGAGCAUUUUGCCGGGCUCGAGGACGACCAGGAAAUGAUGUGAAAGUCUCAGGGCAGACCUGCUGGAGCCUGAGCGCCUGUGAUAGCCUGCCAUGUUCGAGGCCCAGUUCUCAGAGACUGGUUCCUCUGGAAAAUGAGCAGACGGAGGCCACAGGCCAGUCAGCUGGAUGGAGGAGGAGCCGUUUGAGAGAACUCGAUUAUUUACCUGCUUUUAGGGACCAUCACAGCAGGGUAGAGCUGCCAUUGUCCGUCGCCAAUGCAAAUUUUGUGUUAUCUUUAAACUGUGUCAAAAAUACUUCGUUGAACAGUGUGUGGAUCACAGCCCUUGAUUGUGUAAUAGUUUGUGUAAUGAGAAAGUGAAGCAUUGAGCCAAUCAGCGAUACUCUACCAGUAAGUUAUUUAACAAGGUGCUACAUGGAAUCUUCUCUGCAACUUGAAAGUGUUGGAUUUAUUUGUGUAUGUAUGUGUGUGUGUAGUUCAAAGUGUGGACCUCUCUCCAAAGCUAUAUUGUGUCCUCAUUACCAGUUUGGUCCUGCCUUACACCCACAGGUAUGAAAGAGGAACCCGGGGCUCUGUCUUUACUCUCUUUUAGGAUAAAAUAUGGCCUUUUAAACAGAUUAUAAAUAUUUUUAAAGCAUCUUUUUUCCCCGUGUUCACCGUCUAAACAAAAUGUUUUGGCUUGCUGAAUUGUAGCAUAUUGAAUGUUUUGUAUUUUAGCACAUAGUACAAGUCAACACGUCCAGUCCUCCAAACAUAAGCCGUUUUCGGAUUUUCUUUCACACAUGCAGCAGGAGCAACAGAAAUGUCUGUAGCGUCCAGUUGAGGGCUGAUGCAGCAGGCAAAUCACAUGUUUUUGUUCACAUUGAUACCGGUCUCAGCCCUCAUCUCCAGAAACAGUCUUGACAUCUUCGUCAGUGUCUUCUUCCUUUAAUUUCUUCUGGAGAUAUUUGUUUUUCAAUUUAUUUAUUUAUGCGUCUGUCAGAAACAUCAUCAACACACCCACUCCCUUGCUGUGAAUCUCCUGCUGUGUUCUCUCUUCGGCUACUGCAGACUUUCUACAAGGGGACUGGCCAGAGAAGGUCCGCAGAACAUCCGGAGGCUCUCCCUCGGACAUUUGCAUUCACACACACACACACAGCCCCUCCUCACAAUGUCUGGAGGAUCUCCGGGGUUCAGUGUCUGAAAGCAGCUACACUGAAGGAUCUAUCUCCCCUGCUGCCUUCUCCUUAAUCCUAUUCUUCUCUGACAUUUGUCGGUGGAACACCUCCUCUUAUUUUAUUCACUUUCGUAUCAGUCUGCCAUCCUUCUAUCAAAACCUCUCGAUGGAUGUGACAUUGUGUAUGUGUCAUAAAGGGGGGGGGGGGGGGGUGGUCCCCAGAGCUGUGGAAACGGUACGGGUCAGGACUUCCUCUUGCUGUGAGUGGAUCCCUGGCAACCAUGGUGUUAAAUGGAUAAGGAUCAGGGUCAGGGCGGAGAACGCAUGUCUGUCUAUCACACUGCCCGUU